AUGAAGGUCUUUUCCAACGCCGUGACCUUCAACUACUCCUGGGACGAGGUCUCGUCGGCCAACUGGCAAAAGUACGGCCCCUGGAACAACAAAUCGGAGCACGUCAUCGCCGUCGACACGCUCUCGCGGCGCGUCGACCCCGCGACCGGCAUCCUGCGCACCGAGCGCCUCAUCGCCUGCCGCCAAUCGGCGCCCGACUGGAUGAAGUCGCUCAUGGGCAGCAAGAUGGACGAGAGCUUCGUCUACGAGGCCAGCUACGUCGACCCGGCCACCAAGACCGUCACCAUGGUCAGCCAGAACCUGACCUGGAGCAACCUCGUCAGUGUCCAGGAGGAGGUUGUCUACCGCCCGCUCGGCGACCACCAGACCCAAUUCACCCAGACGGCCAACAUCACCGCCCUCUGCGGCGGCUGGCAGCGCAUCAAGAACUCCAUCGAGGACACGCUCGUGAACCGCUUCAAGGAGAACGCCGUCAAGGGCCGCGAGGGCUUCGAGCGCGUCCUGGAGAUGAGCCGCAUCGUGUUUGCCGAGGAGCGCGAAAAGGCCCUCCGCGAGAAGCUGGCCCUGUAA